AUGGACUUUGAUGACCCGUCCAGCUCUGAGGGGGGAGGCAGCGGGGGGACCAAUUCCGUGUCCUCUGGCAAUGAGCCGCCGUCGCCAGCAGUCGCCACACAAGUCAUUUCUCUGCCUUCUUAUCCGAGGCCUGAGACGGCCACCUCGCCCAUGGCGGUGGGCAAACGCAACUGCCGUGAAGUUCAAUCCUUCGUCUUUGAUGAUGACAACGACGACGGUGGCGAUGAUGACGAACAAAAUGGCAGCAACGACAGUGAUAAGGAGGAGAUCAUGAGGCGUGGCUUGGAGCGUGCAUCAUAUGAUUUUUGUAAGGGGCAUCUGCACCACCAACUUGUUGAAUCCGCAGAAAACGUUGUGCGCCCCUUGGCCCGUCACGGGUGCGAUGCGUUGAGGGGCAUGGGACGCCUUGGUGACCAGCUCACAGAGGUAACUGACACCCAUGAGCUCGUGGACGAUGAGGAGGGGGCGGUGGUGGGAGAAGAAACCGAGGAGGAAGAGGAGGUGGAAGAAGGAGAAAUGUCGAAAGACAUGGUGGAGAGCGAUGAUAAUGAAAUGCUCUACGUUGAAGAGAACAGGGAAUGGGACAGUGUGCUUAGAACAAUGUCGUUGGUUGACGUAACGCUUCUGAGUCACUUUUACGUAGGUUCAAACCUCAGUGGUGAGGAGACUGAAAUGUCGAUGGAGGGAUCCGUAUUUGUCACGGAAACGAUGGUGAAGACUAUCUCACUCUUCUACACGAAGCCUGAGAAAAAACCGAGCGAUGAGGCGGCGGAAAUUCUUCAAAUGGCGUUUGAUACGCUGCAUCGUUUGGCAUUACACAUGCGAUCCAUGCAGCAAAUCCUCACGGAAGCAGGGUUGACGAUUGAUAAUCAGAUUCAAGAGGACGAAGAAGGAGAAGAUGUGGAAACUGAAGCCAUCGCAGAUCGAAGUGGGGUGGAUCUUAGAAAGGUCAUUUGUCGUGGAGUGCAUUCUUUACAUGUGGACUCUUCAUGCCGGUUGAUUGGGGUGAUUGAUAUUGAUGCAUGUACGGUGAGUCUCUCAGAUGUGGUUGCCUUUAGCACUCUCCCCUUUUCACAGCAAGAACUAGUGGCCAUUCUGAAGUCCGUCAUUCAGAGGGUUGCUGUCUUACAUGACGCUGGGUUUGUUCACGGGUGUCUUCACAGUGGCAACGUUCUUUGCUGCACGGAUGACGGAAGAACGGUGCUCACAGGGGCAUGUGGUAUUAUGAGUAACCCACUGCUGCCAGCAGAUGCCUCAUUUAUUUCUCCACGUCUUGCAAGAGCCCUUCAACCGUUUGUAAAACUUGUAUGGAGCCAUCACGAAAAGGUGAAUGAAGAGACUUUUCCGUGGACAUCAGAUCCUGCAUUUCAUCGUGCUGUCUUGGAGCGCUAUGGUUGUACAAGUGAGACCGAGAUGCGGCCGAAGACAUCGGAUGAUAUUUAUGCGAUUGGCAUUUUGGUCGUCACAUGUUUGCUCGGCGUGCCUCCGUUCCAUUCCGCCACGCUGAAGGAAGUUGUUGAAACGUUAUCGUCACACAAUCCUGAAGAUGAUGAUGAUGGCUCCUCUCUCUUGGGAAAUGUGCUCACGAGCAAUUACGCUCUACAACGAUUUAGAAUUGCGGGUUACACGGAAGCAUUUAUUGCCUCGGCCAAAGAUUUUGUGCACAUUUGUCUACGUGCUGCCUCCAACCCCGCCAUCGGAGCGCAGUUUGUGGCGACGAGUUUACUGACGCAUUCCUUUUUUGUUGAAUUCCCCAUUCAGCCAAAUCCAAAAAGCAGCAGCGAGGGGGCGCCGAUGAGGGAGGAUGAAGUGGACGAAGCGGCUUUGAUGGAUCGGACCGUGCACUGCCUGUUGUACCCCAUUUUUUUGGCAAUGGACUGUGUGAAGAAGGAUUGUGGUACCACGCCGUUGCUGUCACGAUUGUUGCGGAAUUCCAUUUUUGCCUCGCGCUGGGAUGCCCUUCACUACGGCCAGUCAUAUCAUCAUGCGAAGGGAGCGGCAUGCAAGACGGACACGGUGGGCAUCCUCUGGCCAUCUUUGGAAAGACGACAUGUCUUAAAGGACGAUGAAAAUCAGGGCGAGGAAACUGCAGUCAAGUCUCUCUUGUAUCGAUCGUUGGUCCAUGCAUUCAAACAUUUUUCUCAGAACGUGACAGAUAGUAAUACCGUGACUUUGACGAGUACUGUAGAGUCCAAAGGUAUGCGGGUAGAUGUCGAGGCCCAUGCGCUGGUUUUUAGUGGAAAAUCCAGCAAUCGCCUCGUACUUUGUAGAGAUGAGGUACCUGUUGGGUACGGAUCGUCUGUGGAUACUCUCAUCCUUCAAGAUUUGGAGAAUUGUGUUAUAGAGAUUUUGAUGGGGCUUCGUUUUGUGAUUGUUUCUAAUGUGCGUGGUUGCGAACUUCUUCUCGGACCAUGUCACUACCUAUAUUUUGAAAAGGUGUUUGACUGUGUCCCUGUUAUUGUGUCAAGUGCACAUCUUUUGUUGCGUGAUGUCUCUCAUGUUGAUUUUCACUGCGGUGGAGGCGCAGCCCCACGUACUUACGGGAGCGUGCCAUUACCUGAGAAUGUAACGGCGUUACCGUACACCAUGGCUUAUGCGGGGUUAACUGCCGAUUUUGCAGCCGUGUCGCUCCCGCAAGAACACAUGGUCACUAUGCUGCCCAGAGGGUCUGUUUCCAAUGCGUCAGCGCCUGUUUCACGGACAAUAAAAUUAUAUAACAUGCUACGUGGUGGGUUUGACUACCCGUAUUCUCAUGCGCUGGCGGCCUUUGGGACUCGCUUCACUCACGAAAACGACGGUAUCAGCAAUUUGUUUCUGUUUUUUUCGGAAGUUGCGGGGAAAAGUGUCCGCAUCGCACAGAUUCACGGCGAUCAAAAUGCCACUUUGGGGGAGACAU